AUGGCACACUCAGCCAGUGAGAUUACCCCAAUAAAUGACCAACAUUCACUACUUUCUCAAACUGUAAAAGAUGAGAUAGAUGAAGGGAGGAAAGCAGAUCAUCAGGAUCCAAAUGUAGUGGUAUCUAUAAAUCAAAGAUAUGAUGAAAUAUUUAAGGAUUUGGACAACAAUACAUGCAUCAAAUCUGCGACCAUAUUCAAAGUAAAUGUGGGGCUACGGAAAUCAAAUGAAAAUGCUUAUACGCCAAUGCUGAUCUCCAUUGGCCCUUACCACAAGAAAAAUUCUCAACUUGACUCCAUGAAAAAGUACAAAUUGUUGUACCUACGACGGUAUCUCCAAAGGAAAAAUGGGCUUAAUGUGGAAAGUUGCAUUAGUGAAUUGGAGAAAAUAAAAAAUGUAGCACUAAAGUGCUAUAACGACGACCUUGACACUGAUAUUGUUAAAGAAUUUUCAGAAAUGUUGUUGCUUGAUGGUUGUUUUGUGGUUGAAUUUAUUCGAGAGUGCGGUGGAGAAGAGGAAAAAGAAGACAUCAUCAAAUUGGAAUGGAUGAAGAAUCAAGUAUGUCAAGAUAUGGUGUUACUAGAAAACCAACUCCCUUUCUUUGAGCUCGUCAUACUUUAUCACAUGACAAUGCAUCCUAAUGAAGAGAACGUCUUGUAUAUGGUGAGACGCACCUUUCUUGAUACUUUUCCAAAGGUGAAAGGUAUACCCAAAUCAGAAAUUCAAGGUAUAACAGAACGAUUCGACCAUUUACUUGAUGUGCUACACAUGUUUUGUCGCCCAUCAGGUGAGAAAGAUGAACAAAACAUGGAUGCUAACUCGCAAAACCAGUGUUGCAAGAUAAGUUUCUGUGGCAACAUGCGUUUGCAAUUAUCAAAAGAAAUCCCUGAAUCUCUUGAUUUUUGGCAAUGCUAUCAUAUUCCAACUGCAAAAGAGCUUUUUGACUCUGGGGUUAGCUUCUUAAAAAUAGGAUUUGUGGAAGAAAAUGACGAGGAUAAAACAUCAUUAUUCGAUAUCACAUUUGAGAAGGGAUUAAUGAAAAUCCCGUGUUUCGCGAUUGAGGAUACUAUGGAAACCUUCCUUAGAAAUAUGAUAGCUUUUGAGCAACAUACUUCAAAAGAACUAUAUCCUUAUUUCUCGAAUUAUGCACAUUUAAUGACUCAACUUAUUGGAUCACAUAGAGAUAAACUUUCAGAUGGGGUGGAUGUGGCAAUCGAAAAGUUUUAUUACAUAGAAGAAUGCAGCAAAUUGACUCAACAUUGUGAAAAGCCAUGGAAUCAAAUGAAGGCAAGUUUGAGGCACAACUAUUUUCAGAGUCCUUGGGCAGGAGCUUCAACUGUGGCAGCUAUUACACUUCUUGUGCUCACAGUUAUACAGACUGUUCUGGCUUUUACCGGUUAUGUUAAUAAGUAA